AUGGAGGCAGCUGAACUUCUCAAUCCUAAGAAGGUUAAGCAAGCCGACCGUCUGACCACCUCCAAAGCCCGUCGAGAGUGGUUGAAUGAGAAGGACAAGCGCGGUCGAAAGAUCAACCACUUGGACAAGUACCCUAUAACCCACGUGGACGUCAAGUUCCAGAAGAGGAUCAAUGAAGUGAUGAAAAGACUUAGAGGCCAAAAAGAAGACGUCCUCAGUAACUGGGAGGUGAGCUUGGAAUACAGGUCAUUGUAUCGCAAGGACCAGAUCAAAGCAGAAGCUCACGUUUACGAGGCAGCACAGAACCAAGCCAAGCGUUUCACUGAAUGGUAUUAA